AUGGUGAUUUUAUUUGGUCCGGAGAAAACAACACACACUAAAGGUGUAGGAAUGCUACUUAGUACAAGAGCCCGAAAGUCACUUUUGGGCUACAAUCCAGUCAAUUCAAGAUUAAUCACUGCAAGAUUUAAAGCAACACCAUUCAAUAUAACAAUAAUUAAUGUAUAUGCUCCGACAUUUGAUACAUCGGAGAACGAAAUUGAAGCAUUUUAUGACAACCUGGAAAAUGCCAUGAAAAAAAUUCAAAAAAAAGAUAUACUUAUCAUAACUGGUGAUUGGAAUGCAAAGGUGGAUGACGACAACACAGGCUGGGGAUCCGCCAUGGAUAGAUAUGGGUUUGGGACAAGAAAUGAACGUUGUGAGCAUUUACCAGAGUUUGCAACGUUACAUAAUUUAUUCAUUUGUAAUACAAUAUUUCAACAAAAACCAAAUCGAAAAUGGACAUGGGAAUCACCAAACGGCGUGCACAAGAACAUGAUUGACCUGAUCAUCGUACAAAACGCUGGAAAACAUCUGUCAUCAACUGUAGAACGUUUCAAGGAGCUGACAUAA